GGAACGGGCGAUGAGGGAAUAGAACUGCUGUUGGGAUAGUGUGAAACAUUGCGGAAGUCUUUUUUUAUAGGGAACAACGCUCUCACUUCCUGUACAGUUGUUUUUUUAGGACUACUAAACACAAAACAUCGCUGUUGGCUACUGAGGUGUGUGUUGCCAUUUAGCACAGAUUGGUUACAUUGUAUCGCUUGAAUCGUGGAUUUAAGGACGCGAUCUGAUUCGAACUGGAAUCUUCUCACCGGAGAGAAGAAGACGUGAAAGUUUGUAGCCGUGAGCGGUUUUGCUGAGCUGGUUCGAGUUAACAUGCACAUGGUGUGUGGGAUGUCGCUGUAUCGUCAUUAGAACGACUACAAAGAGGAAAGGGGAACUCAUCACAGUAGUGUAUUAUCGGCAGACUAAAAACACGCCACACACACCCAGUUAAGGCUUGCUACUCUACUGAGCACUUCAGGAUGGAACGACUUCGAAAACUUUCUAUAUCUUUGGCUUUGAUCCUGCCUUGUUUACAAUGGACAACUUGUUUCAAUCUGGACAUUGACAAACCCUAUGUAUUCUCUGGUCCUGAAGGAAGUUAUUUUGGAUUUUCUGUGGAUUUCUUCCAGCCUGAUGCCAAGCAGUCAAACAUUCUUAUAGGAGCUCCCAAAGCCAACACCACCUCAGCCUCUACAGUGGUGGAGCGAGGGGCAGUCUAUACCUGCCCAUGGCAGAAGAGUAGUGACUGUACCCAAGUACAGUUUGACAAUACUGAUGAUCGUAAGAAUAACGAGGGGCUCCAGAUGGAAUUUAAGUCCAACCAGUGGUUUGGAGCCACGGUACGGGCACAUGGUGAGCACAUCCUGGCCUGUGCUCCUCUCUACCAGUGGAGCACGUACAGUGUGUCAGAGAGAGAGCCUGUUGGAACAUGUUUCCUGAAGAAAGGACAAGAAGUUGUGGAAUACUCUCCUUGUCGAUCUAAAGCCAACUCUCCAGAGGGACAAGGCUUCUGUCAGGCUGGAUUCAGUAUUGACUUUGUCAAGAAUAACAGGGUGGUUGUUGGAGGCCCUGGUAGUUUCUACUGGCAAGGUCAGCUGAUAAGUGAUGAUAUCUCUGAGAUCAUCACCAGGUUCAAUAGACAAUACUACACUCCUUACAGUAACCAGCUGACCACUAAGUCUGCCAGCGCUCAGUACGAUGACAGCUAUUUAGGCUAUUCUGUGACUGUCGGUGACUUCAAUGCUGACGGAGAAGAUGAUUACAUUACCGGGGUACCCAGGGGAGACAAAGCUCUGGGCUAUGUGAACAUCUUCAAUGGGAGGAACAUGGAGUCGGUCCUGAACUUCACAGGAACACAGAUGGCUGCCUACUUCGGCCAUUCUGUGGCAGCGACCGACAUCAAUAACGAUGGGCUGGUGGAUCUGUUUGUAGGGGCCCCUCUGUUCAUGGACCGUGGUAGUGAUGGGAAGCUGAGGGAGGUGGGUCAGGUGUCUGUGUUCCUGGGGAAAGGAGGCUUCUCCUUCCACACACCCAUCACACUGAGUGGGACAGAGAUCUACUCACGCUUCGGCAGUUCUAUCGCCACACUGGGGGACCUGGAUAUGGAUGGCUUCAACGACAUUGCCAUAGCUGCACCCUACGGCGGGCCGAAGCACAGGGGCCUAGUGUACAUCCACAAUGGGAGGGCUGCAGGGCCUGACCCAGUGCCUUCUCAGGUCCUAGAGGGGAGGUGGGCGUCCUCUUACAUGCCCCCCAGCUUUGGAUACUCCCUGCACGGAGCCACCGAUAUUGACCAGAAUGGAUACCCAGACUUAAUAGUGGGUGUAUUUGGUGCAGACAAAGCUGUUCUGUACAGGGCCCGGCCCGUCAUCAGUGUUAACGCCACCCUGGACAUCAGCCCUCAGAUCCUCAACCCAGAGGAAAGGAGCUGUAAGCUGCCUGACAGUGACACUAAAGUGUCCUGUUUCAAAGUGAAGUACUGUCUUAAAGCGAGUGGAAGAGGUGCACCAGAUUCACUGAAGUUCCAGGUUCACCUUGUCCUGGAUAGACUCAAACCCAAGGGGGCGACAAAGAGAGUUCUGUUCCUCCACAGCAAAACUUCCCAGUACACGAAAAACAUGACGGUCAGCAACGGCCAAGGACCAGCCUGCGAGGAGCAAGAAGCCUUCCUCAUAGAUGACUCUGAGUUCCGGGACAAGAUCACUCCCAUCUCUGUGUUCAUGGAGUUUAGUCUGGACUACCAGCAGGCAGCAGAUAAGACCGGCCUACUGCCCAUCCUGGAGCAGACUACCCUCACCAACAUCUCCAAACAGGCCCAUGUCCUACUGGACUGUGGAGAUGACAACAUCUGCAAGCCAGACCUCAAGCUGUCUGUAGUGAGUGACCAGAAGCAGAUCUACAUAGGAGAUGAUAACCCCUUGACCCUGGAGGUGACAGCGGAGAACAGAGGAGAGGGGGCGUACGAGGCAGAGCUCCAUGUCUUCCUUCCUCCCCAGGCUGACUUCACUGGGGUCGUACGCAACAGUGAGACUCUGUCAAGAUUGUCCUGUGCAUACAAGACAGAGAACCAGACCAGGGUGGUGGUGUGUGACCUGGGGAACCCCAUGAAAGGAGGAAUUAAGGUGCUGGCCGGACUCCACUUCAGUGUUCAUCAGCUCUCGGAGCAGGACACGUUUGUGAAGUUUGACCUGCAGAUACAGAGUUCCAACCAGUUCAACAGCACCAGCAGUCUGGUCUCCAGCAUCACUACGCUGGCUGUUCUGGCCAAUGUGGAUGUCAGAGGGGUGGCGCUUCCUGACCAGGUCUUCCUGCCCAUCGCUAACUGGAAGCCCAAAGAAAACCCUGUCUUAGGAGACGACAUCGGUCCACAAAUACUGCACAUCUAUGAGUUGCGUAACAGAGGUCCCAGUACCUUCAGCAAGGCCAUACUGGACAUCGAGUGGCCCUACAGGUUCAACAACGGCUCUCUGCUCUACAUCACUAAACUAGAGGUGGACGGAGGCAUGAACUGCAGUACAGACAUGGAGAUCAACCCACUCAAUGUCUCAAAUCCUCUGUCAGCAGAGACAAAUGGUUCAGCUUCCACCAGUGGAGACAAUACAGAAGGGAGGAACAGGAUCCAUGUUCACCGCAGAGAGCUGGCGAAGAAAGAGAUGGAGGGAGACCUGGAAACUCUGGACUGUUCCAAGGCCCAGUGCCUGAAGCUCCGGUGCCAGGUGGGCCGUGUGGAGAGAGGUCAGAGUACUACCCUAUACGUCCACUCCAGACUGGGGGUGGCCACCUUCCUCAAGACUGAGAGCCAGAACCGAUCGUUCACCGUGAGAUCCUCCGCUUCCUUCAGCGUCAUAGAGAUGCCUUAUAACAAGAACCUGGUGUCUGAGCUGCCCUCCAACGCAAUUACGGUGAGUAUGUCAGUGAUCUGGUUGAAAUCUGAUCCUGAACCUGUUCCCGGGUGGGUGGUGGCACUGGCUGUGCUGGCUGGACUACUGCUGCUGGCUCUGCUAAUCUUCAUCAUGUAUAAGCUGGGGUUCUUCAAGCGUGUACGCCCCCCUCAGGAGGACAACACGGAGAAGGAACAGCUGGCACCGCAGGAGAACGGUGACAGGAACAAUGAAGCCUGAGACCUCCAGCAACCCCCGGAGGUCUCCAGACUUCAACACCAGGACCUGCAUCUACACACUAUCUCUCACGAGUAGAACAUUUUGCAAAUAAAAGUAAAAUAAAAAUCCCAUCUAGCCAGCAGAUAUUCAGGAGAGCUCAUGAGCUGUCCUAACCAGUUAACAGGUACCAGUUGGUGUCUUGAUAAUAGAAAAAGGCAGCUUAGUCAGUGGUUCCUGACCCAUAGACAGGUUCCUGACCCAUAGACAGGUUCCUGACCCAUAGACAGGUUCCUGACCCAUAGACAGGUUCCUACACCAUAGACAGGUUCCUGACCCAUAGACAGUUUCCUGACCCAUAGACAGGUUCCUGACCCAUAGACAGGUUCCUGACCCAUAGACAGGUUCCUGCACCAUAGACAGGUUCCUGCACCAUAGACAGAUUCCUGACCCAUAGACAGGUUCCUGCACCAUAGACAGAUUCCUGACCCAUAGACAGGUUCCUGCACCAUAGACAGUCAAUUACUUUUGAGUUGAAAGAAUGUUUAGCUAUUUCUAUGAUCAACCCAUACAUAAUCUAGACCUACAUGUGUCGCUAUUGACAAUGAUUUCACAAGAGGCCUAAUUCACAUGACAUGACUCAAUAACUAUAGCCACGAAUGCAGGGCUGCCCAACCCUCUUCCUGGAGAACUAGUGUCCUGUAGGUUCAGUCCAACCCUCUUCCUGGAGAUCUACUGUCCUGUAGGUUACCAGUCCAACCCUCCAGGAAGAGGGUUGGACUGAUCAAAAUCAAAUCAAAUGUAUUUAUAUAGCCCUUCGUACAUCAGCUGAUAUCUCAAAGUGCUGUACAGAAACCCAGCCUAAAACCCCAAACAGCAAGCAAUGCAGGUGUAGAAGCACGGUGGCUAGGAAAAAGGCCAAAACCUCAGAAGAAACCUAGAGAAGAACCAGGCUAUGAGGGGUGGCCAGUCCUCUUCUGGCUGUGCCGGGUGGAGUGGAGAUUAUAACAGAACAUGGCCAAGAUGUUCAAAUGUUCAUAAAUGACCAGCAUGGUCAAAUAAUAGUAAUCACAGUGGUUGUUGAGGGUGCAACAAGUCAGCACCUCAGGAGUAAAUGUCAGUUUGCUUUUCAUAGCCGAUCAUUACGAGUAUCUCUACCGCUCCUGCUGUCUCUAGAGAGUUGAAAACAGCAGGGUAGCACGUCCAGUGAACAGGUCAGGGUUCCAUAGCCGCAGGCAGAACCGUUGAAACUGGAGCAGCAGCACGGCCAGGUGGACUGGGGACAGCAAGGAGUCAUCAUGCCAGGUAGUCCUGAGGCAUGGUCCUAGGGUUCAGGUCAGUUGAAACUGGAGCAGCAGCACAGUCAAGUGGACUGGGGACAGCAAGGAGUCAUCAUGCCAGGUAGUCCUGAGGCAUGGUCCUAGGGUUCAGGUCAGUUGAAACUGGAGCAGCAGCACAGUCAGGUGGACUGGGGACAGCAAGGAGUCAUCAUGCCAGGUAGUCCUGAGGCAUGGUCCUAGGGUUCAGGUCCUCCGAGAGAGAGACAGAGAGAAAGAAAGAGAGAAAAAGAGAGUGAAUUCGAGAGAGCAUACUUAAAUUCACACAGGACACCGGAUAGGACAGGAGAAGUACUCCAGAUAUAACAAACUGACCCUAGCCCCCCGACACAUAAACUACUGCAGCAUAAAUACUGGAGGCUGAGACAGGAGGGGUCAGGAGACACUAUGGCCCCAUCCGAUGAUACCCCCAGACAGGGCCAAACAGGCAGGAUAUAACCCCACCCACUUUGCCAAUGCACAACCCCCACACCACUAGAGGGAUAUCUUCAACCACCAACUUACCAUCCUGAGACAAGGCCAAGUAUAGCCCACAAAGAUCUCCUCCACGGCACAACCCAAGGGGGGGCUCCAACCCAGACAGGAAGAUAACCUACAGGACAGUAGAUCUCCAGAAAGAGGGUUGGACUAAAAACCUACAGGACAGUAGAUCUCCAGAAAGAGGGUUGGACUGAAAACCUACAGGACAGUAGAUCUCAGGAAGAGGGUUGGACUGAACUUAGCUGAGAUAAACUUUGAGUUGAUUUUUGUGGCUAGAACUCAGUGUCUUUAGCAUCCUAAAACCUACUCUGAGUUGUUGUUCUUAAACCAGAUUCUAAUAUGAUUCCUAGGACCUUUUCUGAGACGCUUUGUAGAUACGGGGCCCUAGUCCUGUAUGUAUUCACAAAGCAUCUCAGAAUACGUGUGGUGAUGUAGCCGUACCAGUACUCCUCCUGGGCACCUGGCUGUUUAUAGCUGCAUCUGGAUGACACCUUCCUGUACUAUAUGGAUGAGAGGAAAAAUAGUGGUUUGAUUAAGUGCUGUUGUAUAUAAUCUUUGACUUCCAGACUCGCUCUCUCUGGACCUCUCUCUCUCUUUCUCUUUAUUCUACUGUUUAUUUUUAUGCAUCUUAGAAGCUGUGUCUACAUAGGCAGCCCAAUUCAGAUCUUUUUGGACCAAUCAGGUCAGUUCGGGGGAAAAACAUCUGAUGUGAAAAGAUCUGAUGUGGUUGAUCAAAAGAUCAGAAUUGGGCUGAAUGUAUAGACGUAGCCUUAGUGCACUACACUUAAAGUUAAAUGAAUUGCUGCAACAAUGUGAAUAUGAGACAGCAAUUAUGAUAUCUGGUGUAACUCAGAGGGAUAGUUAUUUAAUAAUAUUAAAUAAAUUAAUGAAUAAAAAUGAAUAAUAUUGUCUUUAAAGACACGGCACGAUUGGUGUUGAAAUAAUUUGGUAUGGAUCCUGCAAGGUGUUGAUAGCAGGACAUACUAUGGGUUGUAUUUACAUAUCAAUACUUUGAUGAAUAAUGAAUUGAUGUGUUGUUUCUGCUCUAUAAAAAUGUAAGGCAGUUAAUAUAUAACUAGGGUGUUUAACUGUAAUAUGUUAUUUUCCUACGUGUGUAGGUGUACGAAAAAUCACAAGUCUCUGUGUAAAUGUAAAAAAAAAAAAAAAAAAGUUUGUAUAAAAUGACUUCCAAGAAUGAUUUUA